UGGGAGCGGCGGUUUCGGAGAUGGCGGCGGCUCUGGUGAUUCUCGUGUCCAGGCGCCGCUCGGUGUCACUGCGUGGGCUGGCGGUGACGGGCUUGUGUGCGGCCGCCCGGCCCCUCUCCGCCCGGAGCGUCUGCGCAACCCGCGCCACGUCCCCGGUGUCGGAUGGGCCGGCAGGGCCCCGGUUUGUUGGCAGUCGCGGAAGACCCCAGAUUUAUCUUGCACUCAGUCAACCUAUUCGCCACCUUUGCUCAGAUGGCAGCAACUUGGAAGGACGGUUGAUUUACAGUGGAAACCUGGCCAGAGUAGUACUUGGGGUGAAAUUCUUCUCCUACUCCACCAGCAUUUUCACUUUAUGUAUGAUGCCUUAUAUUCUCCUCCAUUCUGGUCUUGGAAUUCAGAGCCCUGCAGUACAAGUGGCUUUCUGUGGCAUAAUGGGAUUCUUUACUUUUUUAAGUCCGCUGGUAUUACACUUCCUCACAAGAGGUUAUGUGAUUCAUCUAUAUCAUGAUGCAAAAACUGAUAACUACACAGCAAUCACUUAUAGUAUUCUCCUCCAGCAGAAGAAAACUGUUUUCCAUCAAAAGGAUGUGAAAGUUCCAGGAGUCAGCAAACUGUUCACCACAUUUUAUGCGAACAACAAGUCACUGCUAGUAAAUCCAGUUCUUUUUUGGCAUCCAAAUGACUACAGUCACCUAAUGGGUUAUGAUCAGCCCUUCUCUUUUAAUUUGGAUGAACUGAAAAAAUAAUGAUGAAAAAGAAAGGCGAUGUUACUUCCACGCCUGUUCUCUCCAUCAUUGUAGUUAGCAGUGAGCUGCAUUUAUAUCUUAAUUUUGUACACUUGGAUUGAACAUAAACACAAGGAAGAAAUGCGCAGAUACUGGAAAUUUGAAAGGAAAACCGAACAUUUUAUGUUCACUUAGCAGAUCAAACAGCAUCUAUUAUUUAUAAUUGUUAAAUUUAAAUGUUUAUGUCUCUUCAUCAAAUCCUUGCUGACGACAGAUAUGUUGUGUGCACAACUACAGAAUAUAUUUUUUAUAAUGAUUCUAGUUUUUGUUUCUUGUAUAACCUCCACACAUUUGACACUGUCUGUCUAAUAGGAAGUGCUUGUGGUUACGGAGAGUUGACUUGAGCCUUCUCUAAUUUUCAUUUUCUCCUGUUAAACAGGCAAUAGCUGUGAUUUGAGAGGGUAAUUAUCCAAAAUGGCCUCUACCAUUAUUGCUUUGAACUACUUGCUGAAGGGAGUGAAGCUGUUUUGUUUUAAAAAAAAAUGUCCCUAAUACACAGAUCCUUUAGCUAAGCAGAGUGAAGAAUUAAAACAAAGGAUAUGUUGCUAGUGGCUGAGAUUUAAGCAUCUGAUUUAUUUUUAAGGUUUAUUACUUGGCAGGAGCUGUCCCUUCUGGUGAUGCCACUCUGUCUUGCUUUUCUAAGGAAAUACCUGAUUGCUAACAGGAAAGUAAUGACAGAGGAUCCAGUCAGUCUUAUUGUCGCCAUGCUGCAACAUUUUAGUUGCUUCACUUUUCCAUCUUGGAGAGUUUCCCACAGGCGAGAGCUUUAUGUUUGUGACCAAGAUGGCAGCCUAAUUUGUUGAUCAAUGAGAUGAAUGCAUCAAAAAAACUAGAUAAAAGCAAAAUACUGUGAGAAAUCUGAUAUGAGCACAGUGCUGGAAAAACUCAACAGCAUCUGUGGGGAGAAACAAAAAAUUGUUUCAGACAAUUCCUUGAAUUCUGAUGAAAAACAUUUGUUUGCUUUUGUAAACUGCUAAUGUUCUAUUUUUGUUUCUAAAAUACCCAGUUGAUCAGUUUAUGUAACAUAUUGGCAUGAUUGUGUACUGUGUAGAUGAAAAAGAGAAUAGCAUCUGGUUCUAUUGCACAGAAUUCCUGUUCAAUUAUGUUUUCUAAAGGCUAUUAAAAAGUGAGAAUGGCAAAUGGUCUUUCAUUUUCCUUAAUGCUGCUGAGAAAUAUGUACGGAUCAUUUCUUGUUUCAAGUUGUGAAAAUCAACUGAUACGUGACACUAAGGCAAUUUUCUGUGGUGUCAGCAAAUUAGCGACUUGUCACACUUAUAAUCUGGGUUGAGACUAGUAACUAGUCUCAACAUUUGAUAUUCCAAAGUACUUUACAGUCAGUUAGGUAAUAAUGAAGCAUAGUGUUGUAAAGUACAGCCAGUUUGCACACAAAAGCCCCCAGAAACAAAUUUGAUGACCAUAUUCUUAAAAAUUAGUUUGCAUAUAAAAUUACAGUUUAAUUCUGUUUCAUUGCAUUCUAGUUUUUUUUAAACAAAAGUAACCUGAAUGUGGGUUGACAGUAUGUGGAGUGCAGAUUUUACAGAAGUUUCCCCUGGAAUGUUAUAUGCAUCCAGAACCUAUUAUAAAUGUUGCAAUUAAUUAAAUUGACUUAACCAGAUGGCACACUUACUAACCAAAUAAUUUUCCACUGUAUUCUAAUUUUAAUGGAGUAGAGUGAAUGGAAUUGGAAAUGACUUUGAUUACAAGGGUUAACUAUAGAAUUUCCUUCCAAUCUCCCCCUCUCUUUCCUUCAUUUGCUGAUUCACCAACCUUUUGCUGUAGUCAGGAGAAUGCGAUUUCUGCUGUUAAGACCAGACUAGUUACUGUGGUUAAAAUGGAUUCGUGAUAGUUUUAUAUCUUGCAUCCAAAUGGGGAAAGUGCAUGGCUUUCUGCAUUGUAACUCAGCUGUGUACUUUCUUUGACUUCUUUGGUAUUUUUUAAUGAAAUAUAUUUGUGUAAGUAACCACUAGCUUUGGGACAGGAAUGUUGAAGUUGUUGGGUAAAGAUGGAAAUUUCUGUAACUUGUUAAUAUUUGAUGGAGAAUUGAAAGAAGCACAUUUGUUGGGUUGAUGUAUCAUGAGGAGAAAGUGAUGUAUCAUGAGCAGACUAAUUAGCUUCUGUGGGAUAGAAAAGUAAGGUGUCUUGCAUUUUUAACUGUUGCCUUUGUAUUAGAAACUUCAUUUAGGAUUAUUAUUACGAAAUCCUCAUGUUAUUGGUUGUAUUUAUCAAAUCCCAGAGUCCUCAACCUAAGCACAGUUGCCUUUAUGGAGUAUUUCCAAAUAAAAAUAUAUAAGAUUUAAUGUGAAUUUCAAUCUUGAAUUGCAAAAGCCAAUUUACAUUUAUAACACAGGUUAUAUACAGCAACACCUGAGUCACGCAACAUACACAAUAUGAUGACUUGAAAAGCAAAUGCAUCAUGUUGAGCAGGUCAGGUUGCAUCUAUGGAAGAAGAAACAAUUAAGGUCUACGUCGAUUCUUUGCUAGAACAAUAUUGUAGUGGUUAUGGAAAUGUGACAUUCUCUUGUUUUCUGUUAUAGUAUGUGAAUUUGGUUGGCUUUAUUUGGUGCUCUUUGACAUUGGUAGCUUUAGUACCAAGAUCUCAAUUGAGCACAGUCAUGAUUAUUAGCCAAGUUUUAAAAAAAAAAUUUAAAACUAAUUACUGAAAUGUAUAUCCAGUUGUUAAGAAUGAAUGAUUCUGCAACGUUCUAUUUUUAGUAUUUUAUUUGAUGUAUAUUGUGACAAAGUGGUGAAUAUUCACUUCACUUUAAUUGAUUCCAAGAACAUAAAUAGAAGCUGUAGAAGAUUAGUUGGAGCUCUGAACCAACACUUCCAUUCAUUAAGUGAAUGGGCAAACUCCAUAUUGACUCUACCUUCCCUACAUCUUUCAAUUCCUUUAGUAUGAAAAUUCCAUCUAAUUUUAUCUUCAAUAUUUCUGAAUGAUUCUCAUCGAAGAAUUGAACUAUUAAAUUGUGGACAACUUUCUUUUAGACAAUUGUUUUUUUUAAUAACCUGUUGGCAAGAGGCAUAACGUUGAUUUAUUGAACCUGACUAGUGAUGCUCAGUAUGAUAACCAUCUGCAAUGUUAACUUUACACACUUCACUGGACUUUCUUACUAAUUUUAAUAAGAGUAAAACUAAUAAAAAUAUGGACCUUGAGACCCAGAUACUUCAACUUUUGCUUUUAAAAAAGCUGCAUUCGUUAUGAAUUCAAUUUAGUAUUAAGCAUUCAGAUAAUUGCUAUUUCUGGUAGUGUCUAAAAGUCCAUUUUAAAAAAUUCAAUAUUUUAGCUGGCUUACAUGAAAUAAAAAAAUGAACACUCACUGAAAUUGAUAUUCCAUUGCGUUGUAUAGUUUCUGCUUUCUUAACCCCACAUACUAUAUUUAAUGUGAAAGUUAUUGUUUUUGUUAAAUGCAAAGUUACUGAUUUUUGUAAAGUGCAAGUAAUCUUUGUACAUCACCA